AUUAAUUGAAAUCAAUAAGAAUCAUCUCUUUCUAUAUGGUAUCAGAGCAGGUCAUCAAUCUAGGGUGACUAUUUGUUCUCACUACCCAGCUCAGGAGAGACCUUGGUCGCCGACCGGCCAUUUCAACCCCGAUCAACAUUGCCGGCGUCGUCUCAACCCCCUCAUUCCACCACCGUGUGCUGUUGCCUGAUCCAGUAUAACCAUUAAAGGACUUCUGAGGUUUGGCUCUCAGAUCCUAUUUCGGUAUUUGCUUGAUUUGUGAUUUUGGGUUAUUUUGCUGCUAUAAGCACUUUGGAUUAGCGUUUCGGUUAGUUUUCUUUGUCUCAACAAAUGGCAGACAAUAAGAAUAUUAUUUCUGAUGUGAUUCCGGUGAUGACUAAGAUCACGGAACACAAACUUAAUGGUUCGAAUUACCUGGAGUGGAGUAAGACUGUUAGGGUCUAUUUGCGUAGUAUUGAUAAGGAUGAUCACCUUACUCAAGAUCCACCCACUGAUGAUACACGACAAACUUGGCUAAGGGAGGAUGCUCGAUUGUUUUUGCAGCUUCGGAACUCGAUUCAUAGUGAGGCCUUCCUUCAGAGUAUGAGACUGCUAAAUCUCAGAUUCUCUCCAGUACUGAGAUUUCCUCUUUGCAUGAAACGUUCACACGGGUCCUUCGUACAGAGAGUACUCAAUCUUCACAAUCUGUAAGUAGUGCUCUUAUUAGCCGUAAUCCAAAUGGACAACAGGGUAAUAGAAGAGGAAGUAGAGGAGGAAUUACAGGCAACAGAAGUAAUCAGCGUAAUGGAGAGGCUAGUUCUAAUCAGGACUCAAGAGGAGUCAUUUGUUAUUAUUGCCAUGAGCAUGGCCAUACAAAAUAUAAUUGUCCGCAACUUCAGAGAAAAAAUCAGCGAUCACAGAUGGCAAAUAUGGCG